AGUGAUGCUUCCUGGCAUUCUAUCUCAACUAAUCUAUUUUCCAGUUUACCGUAUAAUUCUGUUGCAAGUUGGAGCAGGUCAUCUCCUUUCUUGUCUUCCCAAAGCAGAAAAUGUUGGAGCUCUUUGGCUUCCGUUGGGAACCCGCGCGCGCCAAACUGAUAUAGGAAAAAGUAACCGCCGGCUUGUCAUGAAAACACACGACAACACACAGGACACGUGGUUCAUGCGCUUACUGCUGGCCUUAGCUUCUUCAUCACGUUGGACUGAAGAAUCUUAGCACAUUUGUAAUUAUCAACCUCAU